AAGGGGGGAAGCAAGCCAGUUCCAUCCAAGUAUUGGUCUCCGGGCGAUGCCAGUGUAGAUGCCAGGGCAAUGUCCCGUCGCAAGCAGGGAAACCCACAGCACUUAUCACUGUCGCAAAGAGAAAUACGAAGACCUGAGACCGGCCAUGUGUCUGAGGCCCGUCAUGAGCUGGAGCCCCCCGCCCACGACAUGCUCACCUGCGGACAGUGCCAGACCAACUUCCCCCUGGGGGAUAUCCUGAUCUUCAUCGAGCACAAGCGGCGCCUCUGUCAGGGCUCGAGCGGCGGCCCAGCCUGCUAUGACAAGAUGGCGGGUCGCGGUAGCCCGUCGUCGCCGCGGCCGGAGCUCCGGAGGCCGGCCGAGCCUGUGGAGGUCGGUAUCCAGGUGAUGCCCGAGGAUGAGGACGAGGAGGGACGACUGACACCUGCCAAGGGGAUCUGCCCGAAGCAGGAAAGCCUCCACGCAGGAAGAGAUGAGCCUUCAAGCUACAUUUGCACGACGUGCAAGCAGCCGUUUCCCAGCGCCUGGUUCCUCCUCCAGCAUGCUCAGAACACCCACGGGAUCCGCAUCUACCUGGAAACUGGGCCCUCCAGCUGCGCCCUGACCCCCCGGAUCAACAUCCCCCCACCUCUAGGAGCCGAGUCUAUUCCACAGUCGCCUCUCAACAGCUUCAUCAGUGAUACCAAUCCCUUCCACCUGUUGCGCAUGGCAGCCCCAAUCCUUCGUGAGCCACCACCCUUCCUGGAGAACCGGCUACCUGGCACGCCCCCCUUCGUCAGCCCUCCACCACGCCACCACCUGGACCGCCUUAGCACCGAGGAAAUGGGCCUGAUCUCCCAGCACCCCAGUGCCUUCGAGAGGGUGAUGCGUCUGACACCCAUGGCAAUGGAGUCCCAGUCCAUGGACUUCUCUCGCCGGCUCAGAGAACUGGCGGGAAACAACAACUCAAGUCCGCCGCUGUCACCGAGUCGCACAAACCCUAUGCAUCGCCUACUCAACCCCAACCCCUUCCAAGCGAGCCCUAAGUCGCCCUUCUUGAGCACCCCUCCUCUGCCGCCCAUGCCCCCCGGGAGCAGCACCCCGCCGCAGGCACAGGGUAAGUCCAAGUCCUGCGAGUUCUGUGGCAAGACGUUCAAGUUCCAGAGCAACCUAGUGGUACACCGGCGGAGCCACACGGGCGAGAAGCCCUACAAGUGCCAGCUGUGUGACCAUGCCUGCUCCCAGGCCAGCAAGCUGAAGAGGCACAUGAAAACGCACAUGCACAAGGCUGGGUCCACCACCGGCCGCUCAGAGGAUGGCCUGUCCUCUACAAGCUCCCCAGAACCCCGGGCCGGUGACUCUACAGGCGAGCGGGCCAAGGGCCGCGAGGAGGACUUCCGGGGCGAGGGGCUGGGUCCAGACAAUGAGGAGGAGGAAGAGGAAGAGGAGGAAGAGGAGGAGGACCCUGAGAAUGAGAGCAGGCCAGAGUCCAACUUCAGUCUGGAUUCAGAACUGAGUCGCAACCGUGAAAAUGGCUCCAAGCUUCCCACACGUGAAAAGGAUCUCUCUACGGGCAAGACGGAGGAGAACAUGGGCCUCGGCGGAGUGCACCAGUACAAUGACUUCAUGGUCGACAAUCGGAAAAGGCUCCCCUUCCCCAAGGGGGGCCCAGAUUUGCAACGGGACACCGGGGACGAGGACUCAGUAGUGGGGGAGAUGGACCGAGUAGAGCAGGCUACAGUGAAUGGCAGAAACUGUGGCUCAGGGGACUCUUUCUCAGGCCUGUUUCAUCGGAAGCCCACCCCAAUCACCAGCCCUAGCCUGUCCAACUCCUCUGCCAAACGGAUAAAGGUCGAAAAGGACCUGGACCUCCCUCCAGCCCCACUCAUCCCGUCUGAGAAUGUCUACUCCCAGUGGUUAGUGGGCUACGCCACCUCACGGCACUUCAUCAAGGACUCCUUCCUGGGCUUCCCUGACGCUCGGCAGUCGCCCUUCGCCACCUCGUCUGAGCACUCCUCAGAGAACGGCAGCCUGCGCUUCUCCACGCCUCCCGGCGACACGCUCGACGGCGCCUUCUCAGGCCGCAGCGGCACGGCUAGUGGCAGCAGCACACCGCACCUGCGGGGUGGCCCCGGUCCCGGGAGGCCCAGUUCCAAGGAAGGCCGGCGGAGCGAUACAUGCGAGUAUUGCGGCAAGGUGUUCAAGAACUGCAGCAACUUGACAGUACACCGGCGCAGCCAUACAGGGGAACGGCCCUACAAGUGUGACCUGUGCAGCUACGCCUGUGCUCAGAGCAGCAAGCUAACGCGCCACAUGAAGACGCAUGGCCAGUUCGGCAAGGAGGUGUACCGCUGCGACAUCUGCCACAUGCCCUUCAGCGUGUACAGUACUCUGGAAAAACACAUGAAGAAGUGGCACGGGGAACACUUGAUGACGAACGAGGUCAAAAUCGAACAAGCAGAGAGAAGUUAGGCUAGAGCCCAAGUCCUCCGCGCCAUUUUUCCAACAGCUGGAUAAGCUGGUUAGCUGGAUGAUCCUUUCCUAGUUAAUUGGUUUUUUGAGUGUUUUGAUGUUUUUUCUUUUUGUCUAAGAAACUGCCAACUGAGAAAUAAUAGCAGGAAAAUUGAAUUGGCGUCUCCUUUUCAAACCGUCAAUCUGAGGAUUAAGCAGUGGUGAAUAUAUGGAGCCUUUAACUGUGCAAUAAUUUCUAUUUAUUGGAUUUCUGUAAUAAUGUUUGGCAUGUGCUGGUACAUUUAUUGUAUUUCUUUUUUUUCAUUUCCUUUGUUUCACAAUUCCCAGGGUUUUGUUUGGAAAAACCCAGGUGACAUCCUGAGAUUUUCAUUUAGCAAAAACAGAAUACUAUUGUCUUGAAACGAUACUGUAGUCCGCAACUUUGAGAAAAUAGUAUAUUCGAGCUGUGUGGAUGAUUUCUUGAAGAGAAGCCAAAUUCAAUCUUAGAAAGCUAUGUGUUCUUUUUUGCUUUUAUACCUGGUAGAUGUAUGAGCGAAUAACAAUCUUUGAAAGCUGUAUUUCUGUGGGAAUCUUAAAUAUAUCAGUAUAAUUGGAUAUUUUGAGGGUCAAUAAAAUAAUAUUUAAUUUUUGUUAACUGAAAUUGCAGACCAGAAUUUAGAUAACUGAUCAUUACAAGGGUAGAUGAUUUCAGGUACAAAAUACUCAUCCGUAUUUAGCAUGUUGUCUUGAUCCUGGCAGUACAGUAGGUUAUUUACAGACUGUUUACGUUAAAAUUAAAUGUGCGUCUAAUGGGCAUCGAUUAUGGGUAGCCCGCUAGCCCCCCUUUUCCAGUGUUAUGGGUUCGUUUCUCGCCCCUGACUCUGUCCAUGGGGUGUACCAUUAUUCCCAGGAUAGGUUCUGGGCUCUCCGCAACCCUGUGUCAGGUUAGUGGCUGUCGAAGACUCGUGACGACAUGCUCCCACGCUAUGCUGCCAUACACAGCUGCACUUUGUGUUCCUCAUAGAGACGACAUACCUGAGUUUUCUGUAUGUUGUGUUACAGUAAAACCGCCCCUAUUGUGGGAAAGCUAGACAAACUGGCCAGCAAAACCGGAAGCCUUGCGAAGGAUGUGACAGACUCACCUGAAGUAUCUUCCUCAUUUCUAAAUUGUUUGUACGAUGUCACCAUUUUGACACUCACUGACUUUUCAGUGUCUUCUGGCCCCCUUUAUAAUAUAAUCGGGAUGGAAAUGAAAGCAGUCUGGCCCUACCAUUCAGUGACACAUUUUUCAUUUUAUCCUCAGUGUGUAUUUUUAUAUAUACAUAUAAAUAUUUCUGUUCCGUCUGAGAAAAAGUGAAAAGGUGUUUAGUGAAAAAUGGUCCUAUGGCAGCAUUUAUAUAUUACAUUUAAAAAAAGAAAAAAGAUGUAGCCUAAGUGCAGAUCCCACUUUAAAAAUUGACCAGUCAAGAUUUUAAAAAGAACAAAAAAAAAAAAAUACAAAAUCAGUAAACUUGCAACGCAAUAUUUAUUCUACCCUAGUAUAACCGCCCUUUUGUGGAAAAGAGUGGUGACAGUUGAUAUGUAGCACCGAAAUAUAUUGGCCUCCACUCUUUUUUCCCGUUUAUAUAAUUUUUAGUAAAAGUGUAUGCAUAUACAAAAUAUAUACAUAUAAUUAAUUGAUACGACAGUAAAAUGUUUCUGACAUUCCGUUUUACUGAGUGAGUAAUUGAGUUGGCAUCAUUUAUGCAGUCUCAGAAUUUGCACAGUAGCAGUAUUCGACAGAAUAAUUUGGUUCUAAAAAGUAUUUUCCUUUUUUUCAGUUGAUAUUUUCUGUGAUGUGAGUUAAACGUAGAUAAUUAAUGACGUGAACGAUGCACUGCUAAAUAUUUUGAGUUUAUUAAAGAUUGACUUUAGCGAGCACCACUUUGCCUAAUUCAAGAUAAAAAUGCAUUAUUUAAAAAAAUAAUGCAUUUCACCACGUUUAUUCCUUACCUGACCGGUCGCCCUAUAUAAUAGCGGAACAAAGUUCUAAUUGAAAAGAAGACUCGCACUUUAUAAUUUGCUGAGUACGGCUGAGUAAGAAAUUACAUUCGGUAGUCUUGCAAACGGGCCCUGGAAAGGGAAAGACGACAGGUACUCAAGUGCCAGUAUCACUAGGCGCGACUUUCUCUAUCCUGGCACUAUAAAAUACAGUAAAUUUACCUGUACAGUCUCUGCACAACCUGCUGAACUUUCUUUAAAUUGUCUCACGACACAAAUUUGUGCCAAGUUUAUAUAUAUAUUUCUUUUUAAGAAAGGAAAUGAGUAGUCAAGAAAUCCACGUAAAUCUAAUUUGCAUGCAAGUUUUUUAAGCUCGGUAAGAGUGUAUGCGCGAGACACGCUGCGGGAGAAGUACGCGCGUGACUGCGCGUGUGUCUGCGCGAGAGCAGGCACGUGACAAGGCGCGUAAAGCGGUACUGUAUUCCUCACUUCAGGAAAGACUGCAUCCCUCUGUAGAAAUGUUACCGGAGAGGAUAGAUAUUCUAGAGAAAAACUGCAAAAACUUUAGGAAAUAGUGCACUCUGUCUUAAAAUACGUUUACAGUAUUGAAACAAGUACAACGGUGAAACGAUACAUGUAUUUGUGUUAAAAAAAAAUCAAGUAUUCUUUUCCAGAUUUGCUUAUAAUUUUUUUGAACGCCGUAAUAGCUAUGUGUACAUUGUUUUUUGUACAUUUUUGUUCUGUUUUUGGUGACAAGGGUGUCUGUAAUUAUAGUAAAUAUAAUAAUGUCCUCGUUUACUGUAAAAGGAUACCAGUAUUUGUAAUAUCGAUUGAUGCCAGGGGCAUUUUUGAAAAGCAGAGAAAAAACGUCAAAAGUUUUUUUUUUCAUUUCUUUAUUCUUUUCUUUAUUUCUUUAAAAUUGUGGGACUAUUGAUUUAUUUGUCACUGUAAUUGUAAAAGUUUUGGGUUUCAGUAAAACAUUUAUUCUGCCAUGGGUGUAAAAAAAAUUAAAUCAUAGCUGUAAAAAGAAAAAAAAAACACGGGAAAGAGGGCCAACUGCAUAUAAACCACACAAUAAAAAUCCGACUUACUUCUUUGCAGAAAAAAACACUGCCAGACUAUAAAUUCCCUUAUGUUUCUUCACUUAGAAUGGAUUUUCUCAACCAUUGGUUUAAUUUUUUUUGGAGUAUGUAUUUUUUACCUUGCACAUCCUUUGUAAAGAUGGUACUGAAAGUACCUUUUCUGUCAUUUUCUUUCUGAAAGGAGCGCACAUAAUUUAAAAUCUUAAAAAAGACUUUUUUUUUUCUAUUUGGCAUGAUGAAAUUGUGCAAAAAGUGACUUUGUAUUCUUGAAAAGAUUCCUACUGUACAGAAAGCUAUUGUUUAACAACCUCUUGCAAAAUGCAAAGUAAUAUGUCUUUGUUUUACUAGUAUAUUCGUUUAAAAUAUUUUUGUAACUUUAUGAUUGCCUUGUUUUGAUUUCACAUUCUGGAUUCCUGACAGCACUGAGUGCAGCCUUUAUGCUCUGUGCGACCGCUGUCCAUUGUCAUCACUAAUGUGUGAAAAUGUUUUUGUUGCUGUUGUCAUGUUCUUUUAAAAUUUUUUUGUUUUAUUUUUUUUUGUUAGCACCUGCCUCCUGUUCUCCUCAGCAUGACGAGAGCACGAGCUGAGAUCCGGCUCUCGCCAUCGCCCCUUUCUGGCACGCCGGCCCAAUCCCCUGUAAACCCCGGGACAGCGGCGCGACAGUGAGACAGUGUGGCUCGGCACGUCGAUGCGCUAUGCACUAUGCAUGCUGACACAAUCACAGAUAUACAUCUGUAUAUCGUCCAUAUAUAUUUUUUUUAAGUCUGCCGAACGGAUGAGGAAGCAGAAGAGGCUGGAAGGCUGGCCUGGUGCGGCAGAGCUCGCAGAGACGCAGCGUGUCUGGAAGGCCUGCCAGAUGGACGAGCGAGACCUUCCAGGAACUGGAGAAACAAACCUUUGCCUCGCUCCUCCAGACAUGGCCUAUAGGAUCAACCAUUAAAAGAAGAAAAAAAUGUUUCUGAAACAUUUGGGACACGCUCAUUAAGCUUCAGUGACUUUUUCAUUUUAUGGUGCAGCCGUAAACGUUUAAAAAAGGAAAAAAAAAAUCGACGGCUUCCUAGUGGAGCAAUGUUUUGAUCCAUGCGUACAGCUGUUCCCCCCUCGUGAAGUUUUUCCCGGACCCCAAGCAACGUUCACGCUGUUCAGAGACCCAAAAGAAAAACGUUUACUUUUUGUUUAA